CCUCUUGCUUAACAUCAACUUUCAUCUGAGGAUAAUUCUCACUGUGUAUCCUGACGUUAUCACCAUACACCAAAUACAAGAUGGAAGAAACAAUGCAGGUCGAUGACUUCGGUUCUACAUCUGCAUUUGUCUCGCAGGCACCUGUGCAAUCGGCUGACAGUGGUAACAUUCCGACUCCUCUGAUAACUCGCGAGAUCCAGGUUAAAGUGCAUAUUCGAAGGCCGGAGCGGGAUUCUUGGGUUUACAUGGGUCGUGGUCUCGUUAGUCAAGAAGUUAUUGGCCAUUCCUCACGCGUUGUUGUUCGCGCAAUGUCCACCAAUAAGCUAUUGACACAAUUCGGAGAAGGCACCGAUCUUCAAGCUGAAAAGAGGGGUAACUUUGUCGUUGUAGGGUGUGUCGAAGAUAGCGGGGUCGUCUCCUGGUCUCUUAAUGCCUUGAACAACUCGGAAACCCUUCGACUUCUGGCCAGCAUCGAAUUGGCGUGUUAUAAAUGCAAGAACGCACUGACAGAUCCUCGGAAAGCAGGGAGGGACCGUAAAAAAACAGAAAGGAUAAUCAAAGAUGACAGGCGCAGAAGACACCGACGUCGAAAAGAUCAGGAAGCCCUUAUAGACGCAUUCGCCAGGUCUAACAUUACAAACGAGCCAACUGAGAUGUCGACAGAUGGUGCCCCUGCUCCUUCGUGAUAAAUCUAGUAGCGAAUCUUGGAACAUUAAUUUUUACGCAACUUUGGCGAAAGGUCGAAUUUCCCCAAGAACAAAAUCAAGAACUUCAUAAUCGCGCAAGUAUCUCAAGUACAUAGUUCUGGUUGAUUGAAACACGGAUACAUUGUUAUAUAUGAGUAGAAGUACUGGUGACGCGUGCGAUGCAAACCAGUAAAUAAACAUUGCGCUCGAGCUGUAACAUAGAACAAA